CCAGAGGCCGGUGUGCCUGACCCACGUGCCUCAGUUUACCCCCUGGCCGGCCCCAUAUCCGGUGGGGCUUUAUUCAGUCCGGUUGAGGGUCCUGGCCGCUGGGGAACAGCUGGUUCUGAUUUAGACCGGGGAGGCCAGCGCAUUCCUGGUAGUUUGUGGCCGGCGGGCUGGAAUGCGCUGCAGGGCGGCCGGGGAGGGAGGUGGCCGCAGCGGGUGGGGCUCUGCCCCCUCCUUGGCCCUCGGAGCCUCUAGGGACGUGGCCCGGCUGGACCUGGCACGUCUGGCAUCCCGGGCCAGCCCCUGCGCAUUCCUGCGGGACUGGGCGGCCCCUGGACGUGGGAGCAGCUGGCCCCCGCCGCCCGCGGCCUCUGUCUCCCCCGCGAGCAGCUAAUCCCACUUGAAAGGGUUUAAAAAGACAGGAAUAGGGAAGGGGCUCCUGUCAGCAAGCAACCUGUCCAGAUGAGAUGGGGAACUGGCUGGGUGGUGGCGGCGGUGGCAGGCGGAUCUCUGUGAGUUCGAGGCCAGCCUGGGCUACAGAGCGAGAUCCAGGACAGACUCCAAAACUACACAGAGAAACCCUGUCUCAGAAACAAAACAAAACAGACAAUGGGCAGCUGAGGCCUGGGGAGCUGAGAACCCCCUGUGGUCCUGCACAUGGCAGGAGCUGGGCCCACAAGGGCAGCUCCCUAGGGCCCUCUAGUCCCCUGGGGGAGGAUGGAGAGGAAGAUCCCGGCAUGGCCCCUGCCUGCCCAGGCCUGAGAUGCCGCUGCAAGGGUGGGCAGGUGGGAGCCCAUGGGAAGUGGGUGUGUAUGGGGGAAUCUGAGGGCUUUUUUUUUUUAACCCAGUCAUGUGGAGACAGUUCACCUGGGGAGGCCUAUCAGCUGAAAUAUUGCUAGGCCAUGAAAAAGAACGGGCCUCUGGUGGACACUGCCAUGUUAGCACCUUCUGGACUCUGUCCUCAGUGAGGACAGAUUGAAGUCAGACGCCAAAGCCCCUGGUACAUAGGAAGUGCCCGGAAUGGGUGAAGCCAGAGGCAGGAGCCAGGCUGGGUGUGUAGCCCAGUUGGCAGAGUGUUCGGGUUUCCUCCCAGGCACUUCACGGUGGCACACAGGUGUCAUCCCAGCUCUGGGAGGUGGAGGCAGGAGGAUUGGUUCAGGGUCAUCUUCAGCUGUAAAGUGAUUCAAGGCCAGCCUGGGCUACAUGAGACCCUCUGUCCCGUCUUCCCCUGCUGUCUUUGGCCUCAUCCAUCUGAAAGCUUUGGAAGGUGUGUUUGCGCCCCAGCUCAGCCCUGUGCUCUUUGCUCCUCAGCUCCUGUCCAAAUAUGACCCCCAGAAGGAAGCCGAACUCCGCAGCUGGAUUGAGGGACUCACGGGCCUCUCCAUCGGCCCUGACUUCCAGAAGGGUCUGAAGGAUGGGGUCAUCCUGUGCACACUCAUGAACAAGCUGCAGCCAGGCUCUGUCCCCAAGAUUAACCGCUCUAUGCAGAACUGGCACCAGCUAGAAAACCUCUCCAACUUCAUCAAGGCCAUGGUCAGCUAUGGCAUGAACCCCGUGGACCUGUUCGAGGCCAAUGACCUGUUUGAGAGCGGGAAUAUGACGCAGGUGCAAGUGUCUCUGCUUGCACUGGCGGGAAAGGCCAAGACCAAGGGGCUGCAGAGUGGUGUGGACAUCGGGGUCAAAUACUCAGAGAAACAAGAGAGGAAUUUUGAUGACGCCACCAUGAAGGCCGGCCAGUGCGUCAUCGGGCUGCAGAUGGGCACCAACAAGUGUGCCAGCCAGUCCGGCAUGACUGCCUAUGGCACCAGACGCCAUCUCUACGACCCUAAGAACCACAUCCUGCCUCCCAUGGACCACUGCACCAUCAGCCUCCAGAUGGGCACCAACAAAUGUGCCAGCCAGGUGGGCAUGACGGCUCCAGGGACCCGCAGGCACAUCUACGACACCAAGCUGGGCACCGACAAGUGCGACAACUCUUCCAUGUCCCUGCAGAUGGGCUACACGCAGGGCGCCAACCAGAGCGGCCAGGUCUUCGGGCUGGGGCGGCAGAUAUACGACCCCAAGUAUUGCCCACAGGGCCCAGCAGCCGACGGGGCUCCCGUUGAGGGUGAUGGCGGCGGCGAGGGCCCUGAGUACCUGGCCUACUGCCAGGAGGAGGCGGGCUACUGAGCACCCAGGGGUGCUGGCUCCCCACAUCAGCAUCCCUGUGCGGGUUUCUUUUCUUUUCUUUUUUUUUUUUCUUCUUCUGUGUUUUCAUUGUGUUGUUUUGUUUUUUUGAAACUGGGCCUCACUUUGUGGCCCUCUCUGGUCUGGAACUCACUGCAAUCCUCCUGCCUCAGCUCCUGAGGGCUGGGAGGACAGGCCUGCCUUAGCUAUGCUCCCUCCUCGCCCAUCAUGCCUUGCUUCCUUCCCAGGACUGACCCACCCGGCAGGGAACAUGGGGUCUUCGGUGGGGCAGCCAGGCUGUGGAUUUCCCAGCAGGCUGUGGGAGAGGCUGGCCCCAAAGAGUUUCCGGUUUCUUCAUCUCUUCAGUUUGUGGUUUGCGGACCCAUUGAAAUUGCAGGCAGUUUCAGAGAAAGAAAACAGGGCUUUUGUGUUUUGUUUGCCGCCCCCCCCCCAACGUGUGGGGGGGGUGCACCUGGGCCUUAAAUACUGCGGCCUUCUGAGGGACCGCGUUUGUUUUCCCAGGACCCUCAGACCUCACUCUCCCUUGCCCAGUGGGGAAACUGAGGCCUGGGACUGAGCGAGGCGAUGCCGCCCCUGCUGCCCUCCGGGUUCCUCUGGGUUUCCACCUCCCACCCCCUCCUGCACUGGGCCGAUGAGCUGUGCUGGGCCCACCCGCCUCCGAAAGUGCCGCCCCUGACCCGCGGGGGCCCCUGCGCCGCCGGAUAAUGUGAAAUACCUUGUGUGGACCAAAACCAAUAAAAACCUCCGUUUCUAAGA